AGUACAGUUUUCUGUAAAACGAGGAGACAACCGAAAUAAAUCAGCUUUGUGCGAAGAUGGCAAGAGGUAGCGGGAGCCUGAGGAGAGUGGUAGCAGAGUGUAUUAAACAGUUACCGUCCACGUCCAGCCGGAAGACACCAUCAAGGAAUGGCGUGAGGUACCUGUCUUCAUGUGGGAUCCUGAUGACACGGCUGCCCCCUCUCCUGGUGGCGAUGCCCAGCCGCUCCAUGCAGGUGCCUGCCCGUAGCUUCUUCAGCCUGGCAGGCACCUUCAACAAGAGGAAGGAGUACUCUGAGAGACGCAUCAUAGGGUUCUCAAUGCAAGAGAUGUAUGACGUGGUGGCCGGCGUAGAGAACUACCUCCACUUUGUCCCUUGGUGUAAGAAGUCUGAUGUGAUCUUCCGUCGCUCUGGCUUCUGCAAGGCCAAGCUGAGUGUAGGCUUUCCCCCGGUGGUAGAGAACUACACCUCCCUGGUCACCACCGUACGCCCUCAUCUGGUCAAGGCAGCCUGUUCAGACGGUAGCCUGUUUAACCAUCUAGAGACCGUCUGGCGCUUCAGCCCGGGCCUCCCCGGCUACCCUCGCACCUGCACCCUCGACUUUGCUAUCUCCUUUGAGUUCCGCUCCCUCCUCCACUCUCAGCUGGCCACCGUCUUCUUUGACGAGGUUGUGAAGCAGAUGGUGUCUGCGUUUGAGCGCGAGGCCUGCAAGCAGUACGGCGCUGAGACGAGGAUCCCCCGCGAGCUCAUGUUCCACGAAGUUCACCACACGUAGUGUGCCACCUCAACCCAGACACAAACACAUGGACUCAGCCAUGCUAGGGAGAGACAAAUAGAAGGGAAGGAGACUAAUUUAACACAUGGGAGCGGGGGAGGAAAGACUAUGCCCUGAACACCGCAGUGCCUGGUUAGAAAAGCACCAUUUCAUUCAGCUUGUCGCUGAACCUCGUUCUUGAUAAUCCCCUCUAUCCUGAUAAUCUAUGCACACACACCACACACACCCAGAUAGAUAUGCAGACACUCAGAGUGCAGUACAAUAGAGUGUUGGAUGCUUGCUAGGUACAGAAUAGGGCCUGGACACUGUGGUCUAGUCUAUAAAACAAUUCACCAGACAACCACCCUAGAACUAAUUCCAUUCCCUCCUCCCCCUAUGUGAGCAGAGUAAGGUUGAGGGUUCUAAUAGGCUCGUCAGACGAAGAGGGUGUGCUGGACUGAUCGAUGCCAUAUUAUUGUUCUCUACCACUUGACAUAAGAUAACUGUGAGGUAGGCAGAUAACAAACAGUACUGUACGAGGAUCAGUUCAUUUGGAUGAAAAAAUGGACGGACAGGCUUUUCAUUGAGCCAGAGAAACUGUGCUGGGGGGUAUCUAUUAUAAGAAUAGUGCACGUACGGCCAUGUCUUUCCAACAUAAACCAAAUAGUUCAAGAGGCACUGCUUUCUGCGUACAUAUUCUCUAGGGAAGUAUCUACUGUGUGCUUUGCUUCAAGGGCAAGACUUGGAACAUCAGUGUUGUGUUUCAGACUUCAGAUAUUACAGUGCAGUGGACUUGUUUUUUAUUAGUGUGCAAUAUCGGAAUGUGUUUUAAAUGCAGCUGAUUUUUGUUUGGCACGGACUUUCGAAAAGGGCCCAAACUGGCUUGGCAGAGGCUCAGUCAGAUUGCUGUCACACUGAAGUACCAUCCACCAUCCUGCACCCUGUGGUACCUCGUCCCAGCCCAGCCCCUAGGUCCAUCCCCCGGUGGUACCUAGUCCCAGACCAGCCCCUAGGUCCAUCCCCCGGUGGUACCUCGUCCCAGCCCAGCCCCUAGCUCCAUCCCCCUGUGGUACCUAGUCCCAGACCCCUAGCUCCAUCCCCCGGUGGUACCUAGUCCCAGACCAGCCCCCUGGUCCAACACCCUGUGCACUUAUUAGGUAAGAGUUGAGUUGAUUUCACACGGCUUAUACUUGUCAAAUCAUCUCAGGUCUACCUCUCCAUUAGAACAUAGGUUUCAGACUUAAGGGCCUAUGUUUAGAUGUUCUUUCAAUUCCAACUCUGUAACUACCGCUGUGCCUUUUAAAGAACAUGGCAGCAUAUUUAUCUUUAUUUUAAAAUAGUAUUCUCAUGUAUUAUAUUUAUUAAGCUGGAUAUUAAGGACAGAUGUAAAUAUGAAUGGGAGGGACACUGCUGACAAGCUAAACAAAAAUUAAAUUUCCUUGUUGUAGGGGUUAUGGUUUUAUAAUGUAAAUGGUGUUUAAGGGGUGAAAAUUAAUCAACUGCAUGGUUUAUAAACUAUUUUUAUAAAACAAGUGUUUGUAUUCUGUGUUGAGUGUAGGUUGUGUUUGUCAACAUCUGGUUUGGACUGAUUCCCAGUCUUGUGGUUGGCCAGAAAUAGAGGAAUCAUGUGGAGACCAGAAUAGAGCUGACACUGAGUUAUGCCAGUUAACCAUGACUCCUGCUGGACUAAUCCUCAUGUACACACACCAGCAGGACACCCACUGUGGCUGACAAUCUGGAGGAGUGAAUUGGCCCCUGGAUAACAGUAUAUUAAUAUGCAAUAAUGCAAGACGCAAAUGUAUUUUAGAACAUUGGAUUUUACUUAAAUAAAAAAAAUCACUAAUUAUCAAUAAACACAUCGUACAAUACAGAAGUUGAAUGAUCACUGUUGCAUGUCUGCAGGGUGUUUAUGUGCUGAGACCACAAUGACAUGUCCCAGAAACUGGUGAAGCUUCUUAAACACAAAAACAAAGCCGGCUCAAAGUUAACAGCGGGCACAAAUAAAGGCC